AAAAUUCAAUCGCAUUCGCGAUCCAUUUGUGUUAGCCUCCACAAAACCAGACAAAUUUCCAAACUUUACUUAUAACGGACUUACCCCAUUAAUUGUUCAAUGUCUGCACAUGUCACAUAGUGGCUCUAGGGAAGAGCAAAUAGAUAGUCUGCGUGUAGAGUAUGUUAAAUCUGAUGUUGAACAAUUAAACAAUGAAGAGUUAGAGCCUGUACCACCUAUAUCAGUAAGUGAACAAGUCAAUACUAGUAACAAUAACAAUAAUGUAAACCUUAACGACCAUUCUGUAUCAGACAGUGACGAUGAUUAUAUACAAAGUGAAGAUGAUGAAGAAGACUCUGCUAAUGCCCCUCACUUAGCAUUUACAAGAAGUUUAUCGGAACAUGCUACAUACUUAACUAACUCAUUAGCUCAUGCACUUGAUUCAGUUCAAUUAGAUAAAUCAUUAGCAUUACAAGCUCAAUUGAGUGGGAAAUUAAAUAAUCAGAAUCAAAUCAUAAUGGAGAAACAUGCCCAACUUGCUGCCAAAUUUAAAACCAUUCAAAAUCUUUAUGAAUACAAUUUUUCUAUUGACAGUAAAUCUAAGAUUAGUAGAGUUAAACAAAUGAGAAAUGAUUUAACAGAUAUAGAAAGAAGAUUAGUAAGAUUGAAAAAUGGACCUGAUCAAAGCUCAAUAUUCCCAUUUAUAAAGCCAAAGUCUACGCAAGAGGGUGUGAUUAAGAAAUAUCCCAUUGAAUAUAAUCAAGCAAAGAGUAAAAUAAUUGAAAGACAAAUUGAUGAAUAAUAAUAAACAAAUACA